AUGGCCAACAAACCCCAUGGCGGUGUCCUCAAGGACUUGGUCGCUCGCGAUGCCCCGCGCCAUGAUCAGUUGGAGGCAGAGGCUGGCACCCUGCCUGCCAUCGUCCUGACCGAGCGCCAAUUGUGCGAUCUGGAGCUGAUUAUGAACGGAGGCUUCAGUCCUUUGGAGGGCUUCAUGAACCAGAAGGAUUACGACGGCGUCGUCGCCGACUCUCGUCUCGCCGAUGGCAAUCUUUUCACCAUGCCCAUUACUCUCGAUGUCUCCAGCGAAAGUGUCCAGCAGCUGGGGUUGAAGCCUGGUGCUCGUGUGACUCUGCGUGAUUUCCGCGACGACCGCAAUCUUGCUAUUCUGACAAUUGACGAUGUCUAUCGCCCGGAUAAGACCAAAGAAGCACAGCUCGUCUUCGGCGGUGAUGAGGAACACCCCGCCAUUAAAUACCUAAACACCCAAGUCCAGGAGUUCUACAUUGGAGGAAAGGUCGAGGCUGUCAACAAGCUCAACCACUACGAUUAUGUUGCUCUGCGAUUCACCCCCGCCGAAUUGCGCACUCACUUCGACAAGCUCGGCUGGACCCGCGUUGUUGCUUUCCAGACGAGAAACCCCAUGCACAGAGCUCAUCGUGAGCUGACUGUGCGCGCUGCUCGCGCCCGCCAAGCGAACGUGCUCAUCCACCCCGUCGUCGGUCUCACGAAGCCUGGUGAUAUCGACCACUUCACCCGAGUCCGCGUCUACCAGGCCUUGCUCCCCCGCUACCCUAACGGCAUGGCCGUCCUCGGUCUGCUGCCUCUGGCUAUGCGCAUGGGCGGUCCUCGCGAGGCCAUCUGGCACGCAAUCAUCCGCAAGAAUCACGGAGCCACCCACUUCAUCGUCGGCCGCGACCACGCCGGCCCCGGCAAGAACUCCAAGGGCGUUGAAUUCUACGGCCCCUACGACGCCCAGCACGCCGUCGAGAAGUACAGAGACGAACUCGGCAUCGAGGUCGUCGAAUUCCAACAGGUCACCUACCUCCCCGACACCGACGAGUACAAACCCGUCGACGAAGUCCCUGCUGGCACGAAGACCCUCGACAUCUCCGGUACCGAGCUUCGAAAGCGCCUCCGCAGCGGCGCCCAUAUCCCAGAGUGGUUUUCCUACCCUGAAGUCAUCCGCGUCUUGCGCGAAUCCAACCCGCCCCGCGCCUCCCAAGGCUUCACGGUCUUCCUGACUGGUUACCAAAACUCCGGCAAGGAUGCCAUUGCCCGCGCGCUUCAGGUCACGCUGAACCAGCAAGGUGGCCGCUCUGUCUCCCUGCUCCUCGGCGAUACUGUCCGUCACGAACUAUCCUCCGAACUGGGUUUCAGCCGUGAAGACCGCCACAGGAACAUCCAGCGCAUCGCCUUCGUCGCAGCCGAACUGACCAAGGCUGGCGCCGCCGUCAUCGCCGCCCCGAUCGCACCCUACGAGGAAUCACGCCAGGUCGCCCGCGAAACCAUCUCGCAAGUCGGCAGCUUCUUCCUCGUGCACGUGGCCACGCCGCUCGAAUAUUGCGAAGCCACCGACAAGAGGGGCGUCUACGCCAGCGCUCGUCGCGGCGAAAUCAAGGGCUUCACAGGUGUUGACGACCCGUACGAGGCGCCACGCAACGCCGACCUUGUUGUCGACGUACAGAAGCAGAGCGUGCGCAGCAUCGUUCACGAGAUCGUCCUGAUCCUCGAGAGCCAGGGCUUCCUCGACCGUUCAUAA